CCCUCGCCGGGAUAUUCUCUCAUAGCGAGCGAAUGAUUUUAUGUACAUGUUAUUUUGAUGCAUACGAUACCGCCACCUAUUGGGAAAGCACCUGCAUUAACGGAAGUAAACAUGUGUCAUCCAUGUUUCUUAGGACAAACGAGUUGAUGAGAGUGGCUAGUUGUUUUUAUCUGUGUUUUGCAGAUGCUGUUGUUUAUCUAAUGUUUUUUGUACGUAUUUAAAACGUGACACACUUACUGUGUGAGGGGCCGUAACAUUUGAUUUUUGUAUUGUUUACAGUAAUCCUGAGUCUUAAACAGUGCAGUUCUAAUUUAAUCAGUCUACAUGGUUAAAAUGAGUGUAUCGUCUGUGCCGUCUGCUGGAUCCAGUGCUCGAAGUACACCUGUUCCGAGUCAAAAUUCCCCGGGUCCAAUAUCAUACAAACCCAUUAUUCCCAGUCAAUAUGGAGCAGCCAUCGCUAAACAGAGUGACGAGGAUCUCAGAAGAAAAGGGGUGGAGGAUCUCUUGCGCAUGGUUCGGCGUCUAGACUCGGAAAACAGAUCAAUCAUAGCAGAGCACAGCAGCAUCAUCAAGGAUGUAAACAGACGCGUUCAGAUAUACAACAUGGAAAUGCGAGGCCUGAAGGACAUUAACCAGAAGCUUCAGGACGACAACCAGGAGCUCCGAGACUUGUGCUGCUUUCUGGAUGAUGACAGACAAAAAAGUAGGAAGCUGGCUCGUGAGUGGCAGCGCUUUGGACGAUACACAGCCUCAGUGAUGAGAAGUGAAGUGUCAGCUUAUCAGGAAAAACUCAAAGCUCUUGAGGGUAAACAGGACGAGUUGAUCUCGGAGAAUAUUGAACUCAAAGAGUUGUGUUUGUAUCUUGAUCAAGAGCGCAUCCGUUUUACCCAGACCCGGGAUGAUGGGGAUGGUAGCAGUAAUAGCACAACAGCUGGGAAUGAAGAAAAUGUACAAUCACCACAGAUUCCUGAUGUUGCAGUUACCAAUGACUUAAACAGAAGAGAUUCAUCUCAUGUUUACAUACAACAAUUAGAGUCUCAAGUUAAACAACUGGAAAAGGAAAAGUCAGAUUUACAGAAAACAAGCCACAGAUUUUCAAGUUCAGCCAUUGAUAAGCAGGCACCAAGUCCUCCAUCCCACCUACAGCUCAAGGGUUCUCCAGUUAAACCGGCGGGCCAGCUUUCUUCUGAACAAAGAGGAACACCAGUUGGGAAGAAUGGUGGUGACCAGCAUUCAUCUGCCCCCAGCACGCCCGGCACACUGGUAGAGACCCCUUCCAAGCCAGAGGCUGUUGUACAUGCCAUGAAGGUUUUAGAAGUUCAUGAACAGUUAGAACGCCCCAAAACUGAGGUUGGUGGGGAGAACCUAGAUGAUAAAGAGAAGGCCAUCGUCAGAGAAAUGUGUAAUGUUGUGUGGCGGAAGCUAGGGGACGCUAAGCCUGAGAGAGGUAAUCCGCACCCUGUCUAUGAGAAUAUCCCCCCAUCUCCUCCCCCAGUCCCUCCUUCCCAUAGGCAACCUUCCCAGGCCCCAGCAAGUGACACUAGGAAAUCCCCAUCCUCCUCAAGGACUCCCAACUUUGACUAUCAACAGAACAAUUCACAGAAUUACCUCCCUUCCCAAGUGCCACCUAAAUACAGUGCAACAGAUUCUCUUGAGAAUUCUUAUCAAACUGCUCCUGGGGGCCCCAUUCUGCAAUGCAAUACUACAGUCCUCCACCCUGGGUCUUCCCACACAGUACAUUCCCAAAAUGUGCCCCACUAUCAACAGUAUAGGUCCCCUCCUCCACGCUACCCUAAUGAGCGCCCCCCAACAUCCGUGUCCUCGUACGAUAGUGAUGUUGGCUCUUAUACCUCGCAGUCUCACGACAGGCCACACCUACCUUCUAACUACUACAAUGAUAGACAUGGGCACAACAGUCAGUUUGACCAAUCACAGCCUCAUUAUCAACAUAGGGCAAGUUCACAAUCGGAUCUGGUUCCUCCCCCUUCUCCAAGACAACCUUACAAGAAACAUUACUCGCAGUCAGAUGUGAGAGGAAGGGAUCAAAGAGGGGGUCAGCAUCCAACACCGGGACUGCAUAGUUAUAGUCAACAGCCGAGAGAUAGAGGAAGGCCUAGAGAAAGUAGUGCUCCUCGGGAAAUGAGGGAGGGUAGCUUUACACGAGAGUCCAGUGCUUCACGGGAUGGUGAUCCUAGACUGAAGAGGGAUUCUCGUACUCCUGAUCCCAGAGAUUUCAGGGAUCCCAGACAUGAAGCUAUUUCUAAAUCCAGUAAAGGAUCUUACCACUGAAAAAAAAAUAUCGUACUCAGAAUUGUACUUUUGUUUUGCAAUUUACAUCAGGAUUUUGGUUUUCAUUUUCAUUGACAUGUAUUCUUGAAAAUGGUACAUGGCAUUUUUAAUCCAUAUAUGAUUCAAAAUUACUGUGACCAAGAUUAAUGGUGUAAUCCAUGACCAGUGUUGAUUACAUUGACCACAAUUUUAGUGUGUGCCAUGACCAGUUCAUUAUAAUCUAAUGACUAUUGUUCAACAUUAUUAUAUUGUAUGUUUUACAGCAAAAGUAUUACUAGAAAUAAAAAGAUCUCAUGUCUGCAUUUAAUUUCACACGACAUUGAUAUGAUCUAUUGUGCCAUCAAUUUUGAACAAAAAAAAUUUCUUCCACAUUUUCUUCCAGUAAUGUUUUAUUUGAGGAAGAAAAAUGGCAUUUGUGUACAUUUAUUGAAAUAUAGGGCAAAGUCUCAUUGGAAGAGGCAGAAGUGUUAUCCAUGCUAAAUCCCAACUGAGUGUUUAUGGAAGUAUAAAUGCUGUUUAGCAUUGUUCUUUGAGGUAUUGAUUUUCAUCUUUGUAUUUUUGGAUUGAACAAACAAAAGGGAAACAACUCGUACCCGAUGGAGUGUCUCUGUUUUGUGUAUUUUAUUUGUUGUGUACAAUUUAAUUACUGUACAAUGCUGGGUUUUUCCUAAUGUGAGAACAUUAUGAAAGGUUGUAGACAUUUUAUGUUUUUUAUAGCAAUAUUUUAUAAGUCAUAUACAUAUGCAUUUUUCAGCAAAGCUGACUUUAGAAAUGUUAUACACAUGUAUAGUACCAGUAUAUUUUAGUAUAUAUAAGGUUGGUUUUUUUUUCCUGAUGUUUUUUGUUGUUGUAAAUGUUGUACAUGUAUUUGAAUUUGUGCAUGUUGUGUAUUAUGACCCUGACAGGGUAUUACUGUACAGAGUAUAAUUUGAAUGGAUUGAUUUUUACAGUGAAAAUACAGGAACAAGAUUUAAACUUAUUUUGAAAAGUGCAUAGUCCUUUUUGUGGGACAGCACAUUAUAUUGUAGAUAAUAGAUGUAAAUUAUAUGGCUGGGUGAUUUGUAUUUUACCCAUCUAACCAUAGAUUGAAUUAACUAUGCAACAUUUAACAAAGAGAAAACUGGAGAUCAGCAUCUGAUGGUUAAAACUGCAGAUGAUUAAUUAUACACAUACAGAGAUUCUACAUUAAUUUUGUGAAUUGCAAUAUUUAGCGUUAUCAGCUGGAAAAGUUAUGGUUGUAAUGAUGUAUUUUUAAGACAGGCUGGCAGCUGUUUUGGCAGAUUUUAAAACUAGCAUUAUGUUGUCUGUUGUAAACAUUAAUAGGACCAUGUUGUAAUUAGCUCACCUGAUCCAAAUGUCAAAAUUAAAAAAGAGUAACAGGGUCGUUGUGACUCGGGUCAGCAUUGUGACCUAUGGGCCUCCUGGUUAUACUUUUUAUGGUAUGACUUUGUAGUACUUAGUGCAUUUAUUUUUAAUAAAUGUGUAAAUGAGUUUAUAGGGCAAGAAUCUCUUUAGUGUAGAUUUGAAUUAGAUUGUGUGGCCAGUAUUUUUUAUUGAGGAAUUACAGCAAUAAGGAAUGUGAAAGAACACUAGAAAAGUGACACAUAAAAGGAAAUGGACAGUUUGUAGGUUUGUGUGUGAAGUUUGCUUUAAUUUGUAAACAGUGAAAUUAUAACAAUUUAAACAAUUUGUGUUUGUAUUUAAAAGCAUAGUAAAAUAAAUAAUAUCAUGUUGAUUCUUACAUCAACAAGCAAUAUUCAGCAUCCUGAUAUGUUAAUUUCUUUUAUGAUAUAAUUUAUUAUAUAUGGUAAAACUUUUUUCAGUUUUCCAUAUGUGAAGUAGAAUUUUAUAGACAAAAAGAUUUCCUCAAUUGUAUAGACAUAUUACAACAUAUAUAUUUAAAAAUGAUUUUUCCAAAUAAUAUUCAAGUAAUUUAACAUUUAGAAAACAGGUGCUCUUUUUGAAUAUUGUAAAAAUAUAUUUUUGUAAAGUUGAAUAAUAGAAAUAAAUUGUUAUGAUAUAGCAAA